AUGCCACAUGAAAUUGGUGAUCUUCAUAACCUAGAGGAGUUGGGACUCUCAUGGAACAACCUAGUUGGACCUAUUCCAACUACCAUCUUCAACAUCUCAACAAUCAAAAUAAUUGGAAUUGCAGGAAAUAAACUCUCAGGAAUUCUUCCAUCUACUACUAAAGUUCCAAAUCUUGAGCGUCUUACAAUGGGAUCUAAUGAUUUUAGUGGGACAUUUCCAAGCUUCAUCAGCAAUGCUUCCAAGCUUUCAAUGCUAGAUAUUUCAAGUAAUUCAUUCACAGGCUUCAUUCCUAGUACAAUUGGUAAUUUAAGAAAUCUUGAGUGGCUUAACUUAAAAGAAAAUUACUUGACAUCGCCCACUCCAAAUCUGAGCAUUCUUUCUUCUUUGGCGAAUUGCAAGAAUUUAAAACAUUUAGAGUUAGCAGGAAAUCCACUCAACAGCCUCCUUCCAAGUUCCAUAGGAAAUCUUUCUAUUUCCUUGGAAAAUGUUUACAUGAAUGAUUGCAAUGUUAGUGGCAACAUUCCGAAAGAGAUAGAAAACUUAAACCACCUGAUAGAAAUCCAAUUACAAAGCAAUAAAUUGACUGGACCUAUUCCAGCUACACUAGGUGGACUACAAAAACUCCAAGGUUUGAAUCUUAGAGAUAACAAAUUAGAAGGAUCCAUACCAGAUCAUCUUUGUCGUUUGAUUGAAUUAGUUGAGUUGCAGCUAGAUGGUAACAACAUUUAUGGAUCUAUACCUGCAUGCUUAGGCAAUCUCACUACACUAAGAAAACUAUCAUUGGCCUCUAAUAGGUUAACUUCUGUCAUACCUUCAACUUUGUGGCAGCUUAAGGACAUCUUGUACUUUAAUUUGUCAUCAAAUUUUCUAAACGGAUCUGUCCCAUUCGAAAUUCAAAGUCUGAAAGUUGUAGUAGCUAUAGAUUUGUCAAGGAAUCAUUUGUCAGGCAAUAUCCCAACUGAUAUUGGAAGCCUAAAAAAUCUACAGAAUCUCUCCUUAAGAUAUAAUAGAUUUGAAGGCUUGAUUCCUGAAUCAAUUGGUGACAUGACAAGCUUGAAUUUCUUGGAUCUGUCUAAUAACAAUCUCUUUGGAGUUAUUCCUAAGUCUUUAGAGAAACUCUCAUACCUCUUAUAUCUAAAUUUGUCUUUCAACCAACUAAGUGGUGAAAUUCCUACUGGAGGAACUUUCAGAAACUUCUCGGUUGAAUCAUUUAAGGGGAAUCUUGCAUUGUGUAGAUCUCCACAAUUGCAACUUCCACAAUGCCAAACAAGCACACAUCGAAAAUCAAGGACAAAAAAGGUUCUUCUAUUGAUUGUUUUGCUGCCACUAAGCAUUGUAGUCACAAUGGUUGUCCUGGUUCUUACAUUUGUGUUGACCAAAGGCCGAAAGAAGAGCAGAAAGCCACCUACUAAUGCUGAAGUGUAUCCACAACAUACAUGGAGAAGAAUUUCUUACCAAGAACUGGUUAGAGCUACAAAUGGAUUUAGUGAGAACAACCUGCUUGGCAGAGGAAGCUAUGGUUCCGUUUACAGAGGAAGAUUAGAUGAUGGGAUGGAGCUUGCGAUAAAGGUAUUCCACCUACAUUUUGAAGGCGCACUCACCAGUUUUGAAGCAGAAUGUGAAGUUCUCUCCAGUAUUCGACAUCGAAAUCUUGUUAAAAUCAUUAGUAGUUGCACAAAUGAUGAUUUUAAAUCUUUGAUACUUGAGUACAUGCCCAAUGGGAGCCUGGAGAAAUGUUUGUAUUCUGACAACUGCAUUUUGGACAUUUCACAUAGGUUGAACAUAAUGAUAGAUGUUGCUUCUGCUUUGGAAUAUCCCCAUUUCAGUUAUUCAGUCCCCAUUGUACACUGUGACUUAAAGCCCAACAAUGUCUUGCUAGAUGCAAAUAUGGUUGCACAUUUGAGUGAUUUUGGAAUUUCAAAGCUCUUAAGUGAAGAAGACUCUAUGAUGCAAACGCAAACCCUUGCUACCAUUGGUUAUAUGGCACCAGAGUAUGGAAGAGAAGGAAAAGUAUCGCAAAAGGGAGAUGUUUACAGCUUUGGUAUUAUGCUAAUGGAAACAUUUACACGGAAGAAGCCAACAGAUGAAAUAUUUAGUGAGGAAAUGAGCUUAAGGAGUUGGGUUGGUGAAUCAUUAUGUAGUGCAGUGAUGAAAGUUGUGGAUGGCAAUUUGGUAAGUAGGGAUGAUGAAAAUUUCUCGAGAAAGGAGGAAUGUUUAUCAUCAAUCUUGAGUUUGGCAAUGGAGUGUACAAGAGAAUCACCUGGGGAGAGGAUCAACAUUAGAGAAGUGAGAGGAACAAAAAUGUGCUUGCUAGACAACAACCCAUUGAUUGAAGGAUUUAGCUUCAACAGAAUAUGGGGACAAGUGGAUUAG